UUUUAGACUGGUACUGUGCAGAUGCAAACCCGGUCCUCCGUUUUCGUCUUUACACACGCAACGUGUUUAUACUAUGAAGCAAGUUAACCAUUAGUGGGAGUUACUUUUACUUCUCGUAGACGCCUUCUAAGAUUAGUUUUUGCAUUGUUCCUACUCACAUGGUUAGUCACUUGUCAUAUGACUGAUGAGACUGAAGGGAGUAAGUGGAGAUUCGCGAUCAGUUCUUAAUUGUUUUGCCAAAAUACAAGACAUGGCCAUGAACUUAAUCCGAUAAAUAAAAAAGAAAACUGGUGAGACUCUACCGAAUCCCUGGAACAUGGGAAACCUGGACUUUUAUGCCGUCGCUUGCUUGUUAGGACUAGUGAGGAGCCAAACGACUCUCACCCCUGCUCUGACAGCCACCACAGUCAUUGAGAAUGUCACCACCACCACCACCACUCCUAGCACCACCACUGCUCCUGACUGCUCCACCUUCAACACAUCCACCUGUGCAGCUUGCGUUCCAGGCUCCUACUCCAACAACGGAACCUUGUUGUGCUCGUGCUGUCUGGAGGGAGGGAUGUGUGUGUCUUCUGGGGCCUGUGUGCCUUGUUCUCUGGGCUUCCAACAGCCGCUGGCAGGCCAGCAGUCCUGCCGUCCCUGCUUGGCUGGCUUCUACAGCAGCCACGUGGGAAGCCCUGCAUGUCAGCCGUGUCCUCCUGGGUCAUACAGCAACCAAACCGGUUCUUCCUCCUGCCAGGCCUGUGCACCAGGCUUUCAUAUGUCUGAGGAGAAUGCCACCUUUUGUAAUUCGUGUCCAGAAGGCACAUACUGCAACUCCUCCAGGUGUGUUCACUGCCCACUCUGUCCUGCUGGAUCAGAAGCACUGCAGGUCGGCACCACAGAGUGCUCCCCCUGUCGCCCAGGCAUGCACAAGUCCUCCCUUCAGACAGUGUGUCAGAUCUGCAGCAGCGGUUACUAUCAGAUUCACUGGGGCCAGGAGAACUGUGACCUUUGCCCUGAAAACCACUACUGCCCAAGUCCCAAUGUGAGCCCCAUCCAGUGCCCCAGUGAUGCGUUCUGCCCAGAGGGCAGCACUGCGCCAGGGUACUGCAUGGAGACCUUCUUCAAGAAGGUUGGGGACACGUGUAACUUUGCUCCUGUCACCAUAGCUCUGCUGGUCAUUGGAGGAGGGAUAGUUCUCCUGAUUGUCAUCUUGCUGAUUAUGCGGAGGCGGAGGGAUACGGAUAACGAGCUGUUGGUCUCUCGCGCUCCUCUGCUGCGGAGGAAUCAACCGGCUGGCCGUUUGUAUGGCGUCCUGGGCAACGCAGAGCCUGUGUAUGCAGGGUGGUGACGUGGCAUGAGGUGACCCAACUCAAAACUCCACAAGGUCAUGUGCUGAAAAGUUGGACUUCCUAUGAAAGGGACAGGAAACACUUAUUGGCUAUUUGAUAUGUUCUUGGCUGCAUUCUGUCUCUGAAUGUGCACUCGGACAAGUCAGACUGUUGUAUAAUGCUGUUCUGUGUUUAUGGUUCCAAAACUCUGAUGGGAGUAUUUCUUCUUUUUAACUAGUUCACUUUGGACUACAAAUCUAAUUGUUAUUUUUGAUCUGUUGACAGUAAUCGUGAGUAAGGGGGGGGGGGGGAACUUUAGUGUUUUUCUUUAAGUAUUGUUUUGUUUGAGUGUAUUGUACAGGGAAAUGGUACCAGUACUGGUCAAGAUUGUUUAUGCACUGACUCUGGCUGUCUUGUUUAGCUCAUAUUUAUUCUCUGGUGCCACUCAGUUUUUAUUACCUAUGGUACUUACGGAUCUGUGUGUUAUGUGUAAGUGUUUAUUCAUAGAAUUUUAAAAGUUUUUAAAUGCACACUGGACAGUAGUUCUGGGCAGGGAAUGGAAAUGAAUAAAAUGCUUUGCACAACCUUCAA